AUGGCGGCUUAUGGAAGCACACGAGACGGUCCCUUGGAGAAGAAGAGGAAGAAGGUGGUUGUGUGGAGCGAAGAGGAAGAUGUCUCGACGCCUGAUCCGUUCGCGUGGGUUUAUCCUGGCUCCUACUACUUGGCGGCCAAGAAGAUGGAACAGGCCAGACGCGAUGAAGAAUCAGCUCCCCGCCCUGUGAACAUCCCCACGCUCGAUGACUUCAAACCACCGACCAGGUUUCACACUGCCCAGCUCUUCUCCGUCCGUGAAUCUGGAAGCCAGGCCGUGCUCUCCGCUGCCAAAUUUCUCCUAGGGGUUUCAUCCUCUCUUGAUGGUGAACCGCUGAGAGGCUGCUCCGGCUUCUGGGUCGAUUGGGAUGAGGGGAACAAAACCGGCCUUGUUUUGACAACUGCGCGGCUCAUUCGCACAAAGGAUGCUCCUGACAACGUCUCGUCAGGCGGCGAACAGUAUGCCCCUCGUGCUGAUGUCACUGUUCAUUUGUUAAAUGGCACUAGUGCAAAGGGCGAGCUGGUCUACUAUCAGCCCCAUUACGAUAUCGCUUUCUUGAAUGUUAAGGUGGAUCAACCAUUCAAGUUACCAUCUCUUCGUGAAAAAGAUGUAAAAUUUGCUGAAGAGGUUUUUCAGCUCGGAAGAGACAAUUCCUUAAAUCUAAGGAUAACAUAUGCUAGGGCAAAGUAUAUGAAUCCAACCAUGUUUGAGCGGCACCACAAUGUGUACUUUCAUUCUCUAGAUGGCCAUUACUAUGAUAAUGAGUAUGACAACGGGGGGCCAGUUAUUGACUUGAAUGGAAAAGUUGCCGGAAUGGCCAACAACCCUGAGGGAUUUGGGUCUUUUAUACCUUCUUCCAUCUUGCUCAAUUGUUUGGAUUCGUGGAAGAAAUAUCGGUACAUCCCUCGGCCCCAUCUUGGGAUGACAUUUAAGGCCGUCAAGCUUCUACAGCCUGCUCAUGUUGACAUGUUAUGGCGCAUGUGUAACAUUGAUGAUGGUCUUGUUGUUCAGGAGGUGUCGAAAGGAUCUAAUGCUGAGAUACUCGGAAUCCAAAAAGGUGAUGUUAUUGAAUCUAUCAAUGGAAAACCUGUUUCUACCACAAUUGAGUUGGAGAAUAUGCUGAUGAGCAAUGCAAGGGCCUUGCUGAAGUUCAUAUUUCUGUUGGGGUGUUUCACACACUCAAAGAAGAACGAAGCACCAUAGAGUUGAGUGCAAAAUUAUCAAAACUUGGAGAAGUUAUUACAAGCUAGACUCUGGAAGUGGCUGACAGAAGAGGGAUGCCAGGCUACUGGAUGUUGUUUCUAUGGUGGGCGUAGUGUGAUGGAUACUUAGCUAUGACCACAUAUAUGUACUGUAGUCUCUAGAUAUAUUAGAAGAAAUAACAUCUUUAUUUGUAGUGUAUAUAGUGCCAAAGUAGCAACCCCUUGUGAGAUUCUCUGUUCUGCUAUAAUGACUGCCGAGAGGUUUAUAUAGACCUUAUUGAGACCCCUCAGAGGGAGAGAGCCUGUCCUUAUUUGUAGUUUA